AUGGCGACUAAAGAUCCAGAGUCUGUUUACGAUAUAAGCAUCGAGGAUGCAAUGGGAAACAGCUUAGAACUUAGUCAAUACAAAGACAAAGUCCUUUUAAUUGUCAAUGUUGCUUCCAAAUGUGGUAUGACAAACUCAAACUACACUGAAUUGAAUGAGCUUUACAAUAAGUACAAAGACAAAGGUCUGGAGAUUCUAGCGUUUCCUUGUAACCAAUUUGGUGAAGAGGAACCGGGAACUACUGACCAAAUUACCGACUUUGUAUGUACUCGGUUCAAAUCUGAAUUCCCCAUUUUCAACAAGAUUGAAGUAAACGGAGAGAAUGCUUCGCCUCUUUAUAAGUUCUUGAAGAAAGGCAAAUGGGGAAUCUUCGGCGACGACAUUCAAUGGAACUUUGCUAAGUUUCUUGUUGACAAGAAUGGUCAAGCCGUAGAACGUUAUUACCCAACUACUUCUCCUCUUACACUUGAGCAUGACAUAAAGAAGCUUCUGAAUAUCUCCUAA